AUGGCGGCGCAGCGCGAAGCGCCUGGACCCGGGUCCGCACUCCCGGGAGCUCCGGCGCGGCCGCGGGAGCCGCUCGCAGCGGUCAUUGCCCGAGGAGCGGUGCUGGGAGGACCUGAACCGGUGGCUGCGGCAAUGGGCACCAUGGACGAUGAGGACCUGCUGGCCUAUUUCUGCAUGGAACACAGGUGGAACAUCCUGCACCUGCGGAGGAAGCUGCAGCAGGAAGAGGAGGACUCCCUGUCCGUAUUUAUCCGCCUCCAGGAGAAGAGGAAAGCAGCCAAACUGAUGGGAGAGGCUCUGGAGGCGAAGGAGGAGUUCGAGGAGAGGGUGAAAGCCGUGGAGCGCUGCUGGCGGGACCUGCACGCCCAGGAGGCUGAGCUGAAAACACACACGGAGGAAUCCCUGAGGAUCGCAAAGGAAUAUGAUAAGAUGCGAGUCCAAGCUCUGAAGAAAGCCGCCAGAAAAAGGGAGAAGAAGGUACAAAAGGAGCUUGAGCUCUUGAGAGCUAAGAGGGAACUGGAAGUCUGGAGAAACAAGCAUGAGAAACUCUACAACAAAGUGCAGAAAUACUCCAUCUUCAAAAGAUACCUGGAGGAUGUGGUGAAGAGCUCACAGUUUGUGGACAUCCAAGAAGUCAUUUCGCCCUACGAGACGCUGCUGAGGGUACUCAGGGACCUGGAGCAGUUGCAAGAGAGGCAUAAGGAAAAGUCCGAGCAAGCCAGGGUGUUCUUGGACCAGUACAUAGCGGAGAAAGAAGCUGAGAUCCUGCACUACAAACACGAGCUGGUGGAGCUCCAGCAACGUUUUGACCAGGCUAAAGAAGAUAUCCAGUUCUGGGAGACUCGCUGGGCUGACAUCCAGGAAACAAGUCCCAAGAAAGCCCUGGAGCUGGACACCAUCAGGAUGGCCAUCCUCAACCUCUUCCAGAGUGCCAACAGACAGAUGAACGCCAAACUAAACAUGCCAGUGGAAGUCAGCCAUAGACAACUGAACAGGAUUCAGCAGCGUAUCCAAGACCUUGCAGACAUCUCCAUGGAGGGCAAAGAGGACAUACAGAACCACCAGUGAGCAGCUGUACCUACAGGACAUGGCAAUGUGAGGGGCUCAGCAAGGAUGGGAAGAGCAGGACAGAGUGCCCGACAUAGAUGUCGCUUCCACCAGUGAAGUUUCAUCCCUUCUGACUCUUGUGUCCUGUACAGUUGCUGCCAUCUGUUAUUCUAUUAAAAAGAACCAAGUACCUGAAGGUGACUCCUAAUUUCCUGAGAGGACGGGAAUCAUCAGAGCAGCUCCAU